GCAAUCGCGUGUAUUAUAUAGAUCGGUGUUGUUUGAGGGACUUCGCGGGUCAUUGAACGCGCUCAUACACCACAAUCUCUAAAACAAUGUCAGUUGUUAAAGGAAAAGUUGCACUUGUUACAGGAGGAGCUUCGGGGAUCGGUUUAGAGUUCGCAAGGGAGCUUUUGAAAAAUGGAUUGAAGGGAGUAGUUUUGGUCGACGUAAACCCCAUCCUUGGUCAGAAAGCAGUGACCGAAUUGAGAAAAGAAUUCGCUCCAGAAAAAGUCCUCUUCCAUCAAGCUGACGUCACAGAUAAAGAAUUAUUAGAAGGUGGAUUCAAGCUUGCUGUACAGCGUUUUAACCAUUUGGAUAUUGUCAUUAACAAUGCCGGAAUUUUGAACGACAAAAUCUGGGAGAAAGAAGUGGCAAUCAACAUUAAUAGUGUGGUUGUUGGAAGUCUGUUAGCAGUCGACGAGUACCUCCCCCAGUUCUGUGAUGGCGACGAAUCCUAUUUGGUUAAUAUUGCCUCCAUCGUGGGUCUUGAUCCCUUCAUUUGCGUUCCCAUAUAUUCAGGCACAAAGUCCUUUAUAAUCGGUUUUAGCCGAGCUCUUGGUGCAGAACCACACUAUCAACGGACGAAGGUCAAAGUAUUGACUAUAUGUCCUGGCGUCACAGACACUCCUCUCAUCAGUGAAAUGAGUGGAAGGAAUCUAGGUCCAGAUUACGAGGCUGUGCUGGCUGACGAAGUUAAACCACUCAAAACGCAACCGCCGGAAUAUGUUGCCAAAGGUCUGAUUGAUGUCCUGAACAAGGGUACAAGUGGUUCCGUCUGGUUGGUUGAAGGGAAGGAACCUGCUGUUGAAAUAGACUUUCCACACCGCGACCAAAGACACAAAAAGUGAUCAGCGACGUAUGCAACAACGUCUAGGUCAUAAUAAUAUUGUUCCCUGUUUAGUUAAGCGAAACCCUAAGAUAUUUUUGGGGUGAAAUAAGCAAAUAUUACUUCCCUAAUGUAAGAGUUUUUGUUGAUUUACAAAAAUAAGUAAUACGUAUAAUAAAUAAUUAGAAUAAAAUGUAUGCGUUUUA